GUUCUUCCCCGCAGGAUUCGCGCACUCUCUCUCAGUGCCCCCUCGCCGAGUCGCCAUUCACCACACCCGUAUCCAUACCGGCGCAGCGCAUCAGCUACCGCGCGCACCACGCCGGCUCUCCACCUGAGUCGGCCCGUGCGCCACCCCAGAGACCCCGAACCAUCCAUCCAAGCACGCGCGCGCGCGGUCGCACGGGCUCUCUCGAACUCUCGCCGUACGGUGCUACGGGCGUACAUGGCCGGUCGGCUCCUCUUGCUCCGGCAGGCCACAAGGAUGUGGCGCCUCCAGCCUUCACCACCUCCGCCCCCUUGCCCCUCGUCCGGCAGCGUAGACGCGACGGCGCCUUCCCACGGAACAAUGAGGCUCAGCGCACCACCUCCGCCUUAUACUUUUCACAAGGUUUUUUACCAAGACGACAGGUUCUUCAGUUGGCCACGAAGUUAUAACCUUCAAACAUGCUGUUCUGUCCAUACCAGUCGACCUGUUAAUAGUCAAAAUCAAGAUACGGCAACGGGUCCACAAAAUACUGGGGCCAUGGUAUCCGUUGAUGAUUCUGGCAAACCAAAAGCGAAGAGGAAAAAACUUAAAGGAAAGAGGGCCGUAACAAGGUUUUUGAAAUCCUUGAGAUGGAAAAAGGAAAGGGAAUUUCAGAGAAUGACCGCUGAGGAGAAGAUUUUGAAAAAAUUGAAGCUAGCUCGAAAGAAGGAAGAACGACUUCUUGCAGCUUUGAAGAAAAUCGAGCCAAAUGAUCCUUCAGAACCCACACAUGAUCCUGAGGUUCUUACACCUGAAGAACACUUCUACUUCCUCAAGAUGGGCCAAAAAAGUAAAAAUUAUGUGCCUGUUGGAAGACGUGGAAUUUACCAGGGAGUGAUCUUGAACAUGCAUUUGCACUGGAAAAAGCACCAAACCCUACAGGUAAUUGUGAAGACAUUCACACCAGAGGAGGUCAAGGAAAUUGCCUCAGAGUUAGCAGUUCUAAGUGGUGGUAUUGUGCUCAGCAUUGAAGAAGGAAAUACAAUUAUCAUGUACAGAGGAAAAAACUAUGCACAGCCACCACCCGAGAUAAUGUCACCAAAGGUUGCACUUCCUAGAAAGAAGGCACUGGACAAAUCAAAAUAUAGAGAUCGCCUCCGAGCUCUUAGGCGGUACAUUCCCAGGCUUGAGCAGGAGCUUGAAUAUCAGCACGCCCUGAUGAAGUUAGCUGGAGGCCAUAUAGGACAAAGUGCGGCGAAAGACAUUGCUUUUAUUUCAGACUCUACAAACAGUGUGUCUGUGAAUAAAGAUUCUUCUAGCUCAGUUUACAAGGGAACUGUAUCCGAACUCCUGUCAGAAAGUGUAGAAAGGUCUGAGAAGUUGGCAGAUGAAAAUUCUGAGGUUGAUGAUGAUUCAACUUCGGAGUCUAUCACAUAUUCAGAAUCCGAGGAUCUCUCUGACAUGUUUGAGACAGAUUCAGAGGAGCAAGCAGAAGAUAGCAAGGAGCGUCCUUUGUAUCUAGAUAGGCUGGAUAAGUUUCUCCCAGAAAAAGUCGAUAAUGAAUCAGACGAUUUUGAGGAGCAUCUGCGGAAGAUUGCUUCACUCUCUGACAAGGCAGAUUCACCCGCAAAAGAACUGAAAAUCUCCGAGCUUGAUGAGAUUGAUAAAAUAUUCCUAAGAGCUAGUUCAUUGCUGAAGAAAAGGUGAUGGUCAAAUUAAUUUGUAUACCAUUUGCUUGAGUUUUUCUACCUAAACAUUUAUGUGCAGUUUACUGGGAUCUUCCAAAAAGAAUUGAGAAAUACUGGUAAGUGGUCACAGACUCUCAGACACUGAGCUGAUUCAUAAAUCUUACUGAAGAGCAUCCACCA